AUGAGGGUAGCGGGAGGUCCUGAUUCAGCGACAGGUUUCUCCCAGUAUAACCAGGAAAACAUUCUUGGUAGUGAUGCGAGCCUCCUGUCAGAAAAUUAUAUGUGUCUGGAGCUGACAACAAUGUCUGGGGACGAAAUCUACCGGAAUCCAAACCCGCAGUCGAACUUGUUUUGUCGCCCACGAUCAUUAAGCUGGACGAAAGAGACGGAUGCCAUCACACUGGAAAUGUAUAACAACUUUUUCGAUGAAAUCAACGACAUCAAAGACGAUCCCGUCAUAGUCAACGUAGAUAAUAUUCGUCUUCGAAUAACAGUAGAAGCAAUCUAUUCUUUAAUCGAUGGAAAAGCUGUUAAUGCUAUUGUGGGCAACAAAAACACCCAAGCUUGCCCGGUAUGCAUUGCAGGAGUAGAUAGUGUAAUAGGGCCGUCAUAUUUUCACUCUCGCUUAAAUAGCGCGGAAUGGCUUAUUCGUAACUCGGCAAAAAAGAAUAUCCCCAAUAACCCAGCGUUGACAAAUCCUGAAGUACGAGCGGAGCACAGAAGAAUUUUGAAUAAUCUAGAGGAUCAGUUCAAAGCACAUGUGAAUCGGCCAAAGCCCGGAGGCAGUGGAAGUUCCAAUAAUGGGAAUCUUGCACGCCUCAUGCUAUCGGUUCCUACCGCAUUUUUCAAUAUUCUUGGAAUGAAAGUAAAACUGGUGGAAAAUUUUAGGCUGAUCAGCAACCUGGCACUCUCAUCCCGAAGACUUGAUCCUGAAAAGGUCCUGCAGCUGUACGAGGAACUGGAGAAGAAUAUCAUGGCAGAAUUCACGUUCGUUAAAAAGCUUCCGCCCUGUUUGCAUAAAUACAAACACUUGCCGGAGUACAUCACCAAAUUGCCUUACACUAUUAACUUUAUCGACGAACAAGCAUGGGAACGCAUGCACAAACGACAUAAAUUUUCUAGGUCAAAUUUAGCACGUAAAACAUCUCCCGAGGACAAUCUGUAUGAUGUAAUGGUAACAGCUUUGGCGUGGUCUGAUGUAAAAAUGUCGUACAUCGCCCAAAGAAAAGAAAUGGCUGCCAACACUGACGACGAGAGCACUGACAGAGCUGAUGUUGAAAUGUCCUCUGAAGAAAGUGCUUGCUCAGAUGGAGAAUGA